UCCCUUGCUGUCCAACCAGAACCUCCAUGUCCGAAUCUGAUACCGAGUGAACCGCCUUUGCUUAUACGCCCACCAUGUCACUGGUGUAACCUCUCGGACCGUCUCUUUCUCUUGCUCCAACCGGGGAGGAAUCCGGCUCAACCUUUUUUCUGGGCUGCACGCCUGGAGUUGUAG